GAGGGUGAGUGAGUGACUAAUAAAGUUAGCAGAAUUUUAGUCACUGGAAAUGGAAGGAAGCCGCGUUCACGUUCACGUUUUUUGUUUCUCCUUCUUUGUUUUUUUGGAUUCUCCAUUUCUCUCCCUUUCCUUUCUUUUUCUCUCCUCAUUGUUCAUUGCUCGUUGCCCUGACCCUCUCUGCAACAAGCUUACACUGUCACUGUACUCAUUAACCACACUGUUACCCUCUUUGAUUUCAUCAAUGGUGCCCAUUUCUCAUAAAUCAACACUACACACUCCACAAUGAAAUGGGUGUAAUCUUGUAAAGGGGCAAUGGGUACUGCAAACUCCAAACCCCAAAAGAACGAAGCUUUGACCCUCUGCAGGGAUCGCAACCGAUUCAUCAAGGUCGCCGUUGAUUCCAGGUAUGCUCUCGCCGCCGCACACGUUUCUUACAUUCAAUCUCUUCGAAACGUUGGCAUUGCUCUCCGGAGGUACUCUGAAGCUGAGGUCUUGGUGGAGUCCUCUCUCUCAAUUUCAGAUAAAACCCCAUCUCAAUGUAGCUACCUUUCUCCAUCAUCACCACCGUCACAUCUUGCUGAGGUAGAGGUUGAUGCUUCUGACUCACCAUUGCCAGAAUUUCAUAGUCCCCUUUCCCCUCCUGUGACUACACUCAGUUACAUGAGGUCAGGGGGGAAUGCUUCUGUCACUGUUAGGGUCAAUGCUUGUGGGGGUGACAGUUUUUUGGAUGAUGAAUCCAAUGUGUUCACAAUGCCCCCACCACCACCUCCUCUUCCCGAGUCAGGUGAAUCUUGGGAUUUCUUUGACCCUGUGGAGGACAAUGAGAGCUUCAGGUUUGUAGGGCAUGCUACUAGUGAAUGUUUCCAUGAAGAGGAGGGUGGUUCAACUGUGUUUGGAGCUGCUAGGGAUCAAUGGUUAGGUGUUGGUUCGGAUAGAAAUGGCGCGAUGAAACUGAACUCGGAUGAGAAGCAUAGUAGAAAUUUUGGUGGUGUUACAAAGGAAAAUGAGUAUGGCAGUUCGUAUGGACACUGUUCUGAUCAUUCAGUAGUUUCUAGAGGAGUUGGAGGUAGCAAGCAAGUGGCUGAUGUGGGAGUGAAGCAGCUAGAAUCAACUAGCAAUGGGGGUGUCAUGAAAGAGAAUGUAGUAGGCAAUGGUGGUGUUGGAAGGUCCAGUUCAAAGACGGAGAAGAACAUAGAUGGUAAAGAUUUGUGUGCGGAAAGAGAGGAUCCAUCAGAGUUCAUCACUCACAGAGCUAAAGAUUUUCUCUCAAGCAUAAAGGAUAUAGAGCACCGGUUCGCUCGAGCUUCUGAGUCUGGCAGGGAGGUGUUGAGGCUGUUAGAGGCAAAUAAAAUCAUGGUUGGAUAUUCGGAGGCAAAAGGGAAGUCAUCCGCUGCGGCUUUGAUCACAUCUGUCCAGCCUGCUUGUUGUGGCAGAAAGACUACACCUAUCUUCCAGGAACCUGCACAGAAAAUUAUUAGCUGGAGGCGAACAGCAUCUUCUCGGUCAUCCUCAUCUAGGAACCCUUUGACACCAAGAUCGAAGGAAGACAUUGAUGACAGUGGAAGUGACUUUGCUGAAGAAUUCUGCAUGAUUGCGGGAAGCCAUUCAUCCACCCUUGACAGACUGUAUGCCUGGGAGCGAAAACUCUAUGAUGAAGUAAAGGCUAGUGAAUCCAUCAGGAAGAACUAUGAUCGAAAAUGUAGCCAGCUUAGACAUCAAUUUGCAAAAGAUCAAAGCACUCAUGUGAUUGACAAAACCCGGUCUGUUGUAAAGGAUCUGCAUUCACGUAUAAUAGUGGCUAUUUAUUCUGUUGAUACCAUAUCUAAACGAAUUGAGAGCAUCAGGGAUGAAGAGUUGUACCCACAACUUUUUGAAUUAAUAGAAGGAUUAACCAGGAUGUGGAAGGCCAUGCUGGAAUGCCAUCAUGCACAGUACAUCACCAUCUCCUUGGCAUAUCAUUCUAGGAGCUCAACAGGAACCUUGCAAGGUGAGGUGCGCAGAGAUAUAUUGGUGCAGCUUCAUGAAGAAAUUGAGAUUUUUGGUCUGAGCUUUGCUAACUGGAUUAACAGCCACACCUCGUAUGUGGAAGCUGUCAAUGGAUGGCUGCAAAACUGCAUACUGCAUCCAAGGGAGCGAUCCAAGAGCAGAAGGCCAUUCUCCCCUCGCCGAGUUUUGGCGCCACCCAUAUUUGUUCUUUGCCGCGAUUGGUCUGUUGGGAUCAAGGCUUUGCCCUCUGAGGAACUAAGUCAAGCAAUCAGAAACUUCUUGUCUGAUCUUCACCACCUAAUGGAGCACCAAAAUGAUCAACUUCUCAAGAAACAGAACGCGUCUGAGGGAAGCACUGCUGAAGCUGAGAGUAAAACCAUUGAAGACAAUGAAGACGAAUCUGCAAAUUUGUGCUGCAUACAGGCCAGCCUAACCAAAUUACUUGAUAGACUGACCAAAUUUUCUGAGGCAUCGUUGAAGAUGUAUGAAGAUAUCAGGCAAAAAAGUGAAGCAGCUCGAACUGCAUAUCAUAACUGCAGAACUAUGAGGGCCGACAAAUGUUAAUCCUUGAUUGCUGGCUUCUGCCCGAUCCUGAUGUCUAGGUAGCAUGGAAGACACGAAGAAUCAUUGUAGUAUUGUAUUGUACACACGUUAUGAUGUCAAACGGGUGAAGGGUAUCUCUGUAACCGAGUCGUAAGCUUAUGAUAAUAUGAUGUCGUCAUAACUAGCAAA